GCCAGUUCUGCCCACAGUUGGUUGUGAGUGAGGAGCAUGGGAACACUGGUAAGAACUGGAUCCAGGGUCUUGGUCUGGGUGGCCUGUCUGCUCCUGGCAUUCCCCGCCACACCCCAUGGGUCAGAGAUCACUCAGCCUGAAGUGGACACUACCCUGGGCCGAGUGCGAGGCCGGCAGGUGGGCGUGAAGGGCACAGACCGCCUUGUGAAUGUCUUCCUGGGCAUCCCGUUCGCCCAGCCACCUCUGGGGCCUGGCCGGUUCUCAGCCCCACGCCCAGCGCAGUCCUGGGAAGGUGUGCGAGAUGCUAGCACUGCUCCCCCAAUGUGCCUGCAAGAUCUGGAGAGAAUGAACAACGGCAGAUUCGUGCUGAAUGGAAAGCACCAGAUCUUCCCUAUUUCGGAGGACUGCCUGAUCCUCAACAUCUAUAGCCCAGCUGAGGCCACAGCAGGGGCCGGGAAGCCGGUCAUGGUAUGGAUCCACGGGGGCGCUCUCUUGCUUGGCGCUGCCACCUCCCAGGAUGGGUCAGCCCUGGCCGCCUAUGGGGAUGUGGUAGUGGUCACAGUCCAGUACCGCCUAGGGCUCCCUGGCUUCUUCAGCACUGGGGACAAGCACGCAGCUGGUAACUGGGGCUUCCUAGAUGUGGUGGCUGCUCUGCACUGGGUACAGGGGAACAUCACCCCCUUUGGGGGUGACCCGAACUCUGUCACCAUUUUUGGAGGAUCAGCUGGUGCCUGCAUUGUCUCUGCCCUGGUCCUGUCCCCGCUGGCUGCAGGGUUGUUCCACAGAGCCAUAGCACAGAGUGGAGUCAUCACCCAGCCAGGGUUACUGGAUUCUGACCCUUGGCCUCUGGCUCAGAGCUUCGCAGACUUCUUGGCCUGCAGCUCCAACUCCUCAGCUGAGAUGGUACAGUGCCUUCGUCAGAAGGCAAGCAAAGAGCUGAUCCUUCCCAAGACGAUGAGAAUUACAGCUGCCUACACCAUUGAUGGCACCUUCUUUCCCAAGACCCCCAAGGAGCUCCUGAGGGAGAGGCGGUUCCACUCUGUGCCCUUCCUCCUGGGUGUCAACAAUCACGAGUUUGGCUGGCUUAUCCCCAGGGGCUGGGGUAUCCUGGACAAGAUGGAGCAGAUGAACAUGGAAGACGUACUGGCCACGUUGAGGCCCUACUUAACCAAACUGGAUGUGCCCCAUGAGGUGAUGUCCACCAUCAUGGACGAAUACCAAGGCAGCAGAUCACACGCACACGCCAAACGCGAGGCCUUCCAGGAACUGUUGAGCGACAUUAUCCUAAACUUUCCCAUUUUGAAUUUCUCAAGAAACCUCCGAGAUUCUGGGGUCUCUGUCUUUUUCUAUGAGUUCCAGCAUCGGCCCAGUUCCUUUGUGAAGAUCAAGCCAGCCUGGGUGAAGGCUGAUCAUGGGGCUGAGACUGCCUUCAUUUUCGGGGGCCCCUUCCUCACAGAUGAGAGCUCCACACUGGCCUUUCCAGAAGCCACAGAGGAGGAGAAGCAGCUGAGUCUCACCAUGAUGGCCCAGUGGACCCACUUUGCCCGGACAGGGAACCCCAAUGGCGAGGGGCUGCCUUCUUGGCCCCCAUUCAACCAGUCAGAGCAAUACCUGGAAAUCAGCGUGGUGCCACGGGUCGGCGAAAAGCUAAGGGAAGCCCAAAGGCGGUUCUGGGAAGAGAUAUAUCCCACCAAGAUCCGGCAGUGGGAGCAGAAGGGCAGCAAGGCCCAGGAGGAGCUCUGAGGCAGGGCCUGGGUCUUCUUGGCUGGGGGCCAACCCUAGGGGUGGCAGAGUCCCAGCAGGGCAGCCUCCUUCUCCCCCUGCUAAGAAACAUUUACUCAAACCAAGCUGGUGUGUGGUCCUGUCCCUUAGAGCAUCAGCCCCUCCAUGUGUGGCAUUGUGCUCUUUUGAAGUAUCAUCUGCUUCCCUCCUUGGGGUCCUUUGCACAAACUCCUCCUUCUUCCUGAAGCGCCUUUCCCAUUUGCUUCACUGAAAGUUCCAGCUCAUUCCUCAAACUCCCCAGAGGAACCUCCUCCUCCAGGAAACCUUCCCUGUCUUCUCUGGGCCUGGCCCUGAGGCUGUGUCCCUUACAGCAUAGCCCACUCUAGGCUAGCACUCUCUAUGUCUCUGUCUCUUUCCUGCUCUGAGGAGCUCUGAGAGUGGAAAUCAGCCUGACCCUACUCUGCAUGUCCCAUACCAGGAUCAAGCAGGACCUGGAGUCAGGGCCUGUUUGGUGAGUGAAUAAAAGGCUGAGAGAGUAUGUGAAUGGUGGCUGCUGGACAUGAACCCAGACCCUUCAGGUGCCAAAGCUAUGCUCAGUGCUGCACAGACGGUGUCCUCCCUGGCCAGAGGGUGGGUAGACUCCAAAGGCAGAGACCUGAGGUGAGGGGAGUGCUAAGGCAUCAGGGGAUCCUGCCUAGAACAGAUCUCAUCCCCUAGCAGCCUCUUACUAGAGCUGGGGGAGGUCCCCUUUCUCCAUGUUGUCCAGUCUUUGCUCCUGAACAAGACAGAGCAGAGCCCAGCAGGGCCAGAGCCCUGACCCUUAGGACGUGAAGGGCAAGCUUCCCAGCCCUAGUGCCUCAACCCUUUAUGGCCUAGCUGGGACCCCUCCCCUCCGGGCUAGGGGAGACCACUUCUGGGAGAACUCAGCACAGCUCCCAGAGCACCUACCAGGACACAGAACAGAUUGGGGGAGGGUGUCUGGGCUGGUGCAUCAGUCAGGCUGUUGUCACAGAGAAAAGAAGAAGGCUACCCACUCAGGCUACAACAGAUGCAAAGCAGCCAGAGGUUUCUGAGUGGGGGUAAAUAUUUCUCUUCUUGAGGAUCAAUGCGUCAUUCCCUUGAAACAUCUGGAUUUUAAUACCUAUCACAAUGGCUUCACCUGCCCUCACUAUCCCAUGCCACCAGCUGCAAUCCACAGACACCCGGUCUCAGUCAGACGGAGUUCCUGGCUACUGGUGGUUCCUGAAGAGCACUUGCAGUCGGGACCAGUUCUGUUCUGGGAAGUCUAUUUGGGGCAGGAAGGGGAGACAUAAAGCCAGAGGGACUCUGAGUCAUGCACUCCCUGUUACCCUUAGGGUGAGCCAAGCCCUUAUGUGGCAUUGAAGGCCUCUUGUUCUCGUCCCCUUCUCUCUACCAGGAAAGCUCGUCCCCACAAGCUGGUAGAGAGCCUGACAAGGAAGCAGGCCCCACUCACACAGUGUGUUCCUGGGGACACAAAGGGCUCUAGGAGCACAGAGGCCUAGACUGGCCCUGACUUCGGGGACUGGGAAGGAGAGACGUCUAAGCUGAGAGCUGAAGGAGAAGCAGAACUUAACUCAAAUGUGCAGCCAGAGUAGUAGACUCGAGGGACGGGGAGCACGUGGAAAGGCUGUUCCUGGCAGAGGGAACAGCAGGAGCAAAGACCUGGAGGUUGAGACGCGCUGAGGAAACACAGCUCUGCACAGCUGGAGAGGUCGGACUGUGAGGGGCCUUGGGCUGCAGUGGGGGUGUGGACUUGAGGGAAAUGGAGAGCCCUGGGAAGGCGACAUGCACAGAUCUGCCGUGUGGAGGGUGGUUGGGGGGUGGUGAGAGUGGGGGUGCAGAGCAGAGAGGGCGCCAGUGCGGGCUUCCAGGUAGACGGAGAGGCACCGGUGGGUUCUGGAAUUAGAGUUGACUGACAGACCUGGUGACUGGCAGACAGACCUGGCGACUGACGGGACACGAAGGUGAGGGGAAGGAAGACUCCUAGGGGCAGCUUGGAGGCGAGCAGGACCGGGCUGGGAAUCAAGGACUCAGUUUGGCCCACGCUGGACAUACACAGAGCCUCCUCCUGCAAGCCUGAAGGUGCACCACACCUGGCAGCCGUGUGGGGCACCAUCACAGGCUUUGGUGUCACCAUCGCCAGAGGGCUCUGGAGAGGGUAGGCAAGGCCUCAGACCCUGUCCCACUGCCAACUUUCCCUCCCUCCCCUCUCUGCGGCUCCUAGAGCUUCCUCCACACGGGGAGCAGGGGGAAUGGCCUGGCACCCCAGUGGCUGGGGUGGGGCGGGGCGGGGGUGUUCACACAAGGUGAGUGCUCCUGGGAUCUGGCUCCUCUUGCCUCUCUAGUCCUUCUUCCCUGGGCCUCUGCCCCUGAGGCUCACGGAAUGUCCCUCCCUUGCCAACGGAUAGCAGGAGCCAGGAGCCUUGCAGAGCUGGUGGGGACAAGCCAGGCGGCACCCACAGACUCAGACUUGCUGGGCCCUGCAGUGCGGAGACCGGUGCACCCAGGGGGCCUCCUUGCGGCCGAGUCCCAGGAAGGGCUGUGUGAGCUCUGUGAGCACCAGGGGGUGCUGUGGGAUCAUACGUGGACACCUGGACCCAGACACCCAGAGGUAAAGCACCAAACUUACACACACACACACACACACACACACACACACACACACACACACACACCAAUAGUGUUCCAAUCCAGUUCUGCAAUUUACUGGAUGUGUAUCUGAGCAAGUUAUUUAGCUUCUUUGUUCCUCAGUUUUCCCAUCUGUAAAAUGGUAGCAAUAAUGGUGUUCCCCCUCGUAGACCUACUGAGAGUGUUGAAUGAUCAUUAACUGUAAAGUGCCUGGAAUAGUGCCUGGUACACAGCAAAUGCUCAGUAAAUGCUCCCUGGUGUAGAUGUGGACACAGACUCCAAUUACACUGUCUGAGAAAAUCAUGUUGCUCCCUCACCUGCAAUUUAAAGAUGGAAGAAUUGGGGGAUGUUAGGGGAUGUCAUCAUAAUUUGGGCAUGGGCCUCUUCCACCUUAAAACCACUCUUGGGCCUGUAACUUUCCAGAAGAGGUGGCAGAUGGAGCCCUGUGAUGUUCUGAAUGGUAGGCUGAGUGCCCUCUGGGAGUCCCCAGCCCUCCCUUAGGGUCUCAGGGAAGCCGUCAUCCAAGCCCCUCCUCCACUCUACCUGCAGCCCCUCCUCUUGAAUUUUAGACCCACCACCUCCCCUCCUUCCACAGUUCCCAGCCCAGCUUGCCCAGGCCCUGGGAGGGCUACUCCAAGAAUUGAAAGAAGCUUGGCAGGGGAACACCAGCUCUGCUAUCUGAGAACAGUGGCGUCCACACACCCCUCCUCCCUCUGCACUGGCCCUUAGGCCUCACUUCCCAUCAGCCCCAGACCCCUCAGGACUUGAGGCAUCAUUGCUCACUCGAGCCUCUCCUGGUUUGGGUUUGCCCCUCCCUACUGUCCCUGAAUUGGCCUUUUCUGAUUCUGGGGCCUUGAGCAGGGCCCGAGGGCACAAGGCAAUCAGCUUGCCAGGCGUCCCCACAAGGAGACUUACUGAGCUCUCCUCUGUGCUCAAACUUACUCACAUCCAUCCUCUCCCUCAGGUCUCUGGACAGUCCUCUGGGGUCCUGAGUGGUCCUCUGGGACCUUUGGGCAGUCCUCUAGGGUCCUGAAUGGAUCCCCACUUUAUAGAUGAGGAAAACUGAGAAUCAGAGAGGGAAAGUGCCUUGCGUGAGGCCACACAGAGAGGGAGGACAGAGCCAGGACUCAUACCCAAGUCUAUUGGCCUCCAAAGUGCAUGUUCCUUCCCCUCCAGAGUGUGCCCUCAUGUCUAGAGUGGGCUUUCUAGACGCUGGGGUUUAGGAGGCUGAUGUAGGUGGAGGGACUGGGAUUCUAAUAGGUAGCGAGGCUGGCAAGGGAGGCCCCGAGGGAGGGGUUUUGCAAGGCAACAGCUUCAGACCAUGGCAACACAGCCCACAGAGAGAUGACAGAGGCCAGCACUGCUCUCAUUCAGAUGCUGGUGCAAGCCCCCUCUGUCCUUCAGGCCUGGACUCUGGACGUUUGGGUUGGUAAGCAUGCACAACGCUCCCUGCAACCAGCCUCCGGGGCCUCAUCCCCCAUUGAUGGGGUCUGCUGGUGUCAGGGAGCUUGCAGGGUAGAGGACUGUGUCGAGCCUCCCUACCCACAGAGGCAGUGGAAGGUAGUGGACCCUCUAGGGUCUCCUAGGAGACCAGGCAGCCCUCAGAGCUGACCUAGACUCACCACAGGGGUCUCAGAGCAGCAAAGUUGACUGGGUGGGCGCUGAUCAUUUGAUCAUCCCUGCCUCCUGAGGGGACCUCCCUGUGGCAGACAAGGGAUGAGACAGAGCCAGGGCAAACCCCCAGGAACUAUGCCCAGCCUUUGUCAGGACCACCUCCUUGUCCAGGAGCUGUCAAAAGUCACCACCCUGAGGGCUGGAGGAAUGUGACUUGCAGUGUGACUGGGGCAAGCCCCUGUCAGGCUCUCUGUGACCCUCAUAUCAAAACAUGGGCGAGGCUCCUGGCCCUUCCCAACCUCCCAGAGCCUCAGCCACACCUCGGUCUCCAGGACCUCCAUUCCCGCGGCGCUGCACCCUGGCACCCGGGUGGCCAGCUGGAGGCAGCCUGGGUUUCAGCCUGCGCUUGGGACGUGGUGCUGGAAAUGCCAGGCCAGAGUUCUGGGAAAGAGACAGUAUUGGCGGCGGCAGCAAGAGGGCCUGAAGGUACCCCGGGGCCUCUGAAGCCAAGGUUGGGACUGCCCCACCUUAGGCCCACCUGAAAAAUAUGGGUGGAUGGUGGGAAUUCCCCUGUUAUCUCCUAAUUGGGCCAGAUGUUCAAUGAGAGCAGGCUGAGGUCUGAGCUUCUGCCUCGGCAACCCCAAUCCCAGGCCUCCUCCAGGCCAUGGAAUAAGCCCACGUGGGGCGGCCAGGGCGGCCAGGGCAGUCGUUGGGAGCCAGGCUCCAGGCUGAGUGUCUCCAUGAGCUUAGGCAGGUCCCUCCCUCUCAGGGAAGACUUGGGUUCUCCAUCUAUGCAAUAAUCCUGGGCAGGUUGGUCUCAUGUAAGAGGCUGCAGGGGUCUGACUCUGUCCUGUAGGAGUGUGGCCCAUCCAGAAAGGCACCCUGGAAGGGGACGACAUGAGUUUUGGAGGGUAACUAGGAGUUCACCUGGUUGGCAAUGCAGGGAAGGGCAUUCCACACAGAGGGAACAGCAUGAGUGAACGUCCCCAUCCUUUGUUCUCCUGCUCUUUCGCACUGGCAAUAAGCCACCUUCCAUCUGUGGCAAUGCAGCUCACAUUUCCUGUGGGGCCUUGGCCAAGUCAUUUCUCCAUUCUGAGUCUCAGUUUCCUUAUCUAUACAAUAAGAAUAAUGAUAAUGAUGACUAUAGCAACAAUAAAGAUGUUUGGAAAGAGUC